CGGGAGUGGGAGGGAGACUCCAGGGGAGGAGAAGAAGAAGGGGGGGGGACACGAGAGUUCCUUCCGGUUGGAAUGCUCGGAGCAGCUGCACAGCAGGAGAUGAAUGGAGGCCGCGUGGAAACAGCUUCUUUGGAACAUGAUUUGCUCUCGUUUCUAGACACUCAGCGAUCCCCAAUUAAAAUCUGGAGAGAGGUGGAGAGACCUUGGGAGCCUGCCCUGCAGGAGCGAAGUUGCCGCAAUGUCUGCUGAUCAGGGAGCGCUGCCAGAUUUGGGUGCCACGUUCCCAGCCAAGCUGGAUCGGACUGUGCCAUCGGUGACGGAGGAGGAAAUGGAAGAGAGGGAGGAGGAGGAGGCUGGCGCAGCAGACCCCAUGGCGUGGGCAGAAGGAAAUGAUGGUCCCGGUGUCACCCAGGCCGUCAAUGUCAGGGAUUAUUUGCCGAGUUUGCCAGGCCAGCGGGUUAAACACAAACCAGGGCUGUUUGUGGAGUCACAGUGGCGGGAGCUGCCAAGGGCAGCAGACUCCCAGAGCUCCGAUGAGAGGAGCCCGCAGAGAUUGGACUCUCCACACCAGAAGAAUUUCCCGACUUUGCCACCUUCCAUCAAACUGGAGACGGAAGCCACCAGAUGCCCCACAGAAGAGUGGGAGACCGAAACCCAGCCUGGCCUUGGCAGGGAGUCCCACGAGGACCCGCCGAGCGUGGAUCCCUCUGGGCCCCUGCAGGAAGAAGGGGCCCCGGACGAGGACGCGGUCAUUUCGGAGAUCCAGCGCCAGCGCUUCCGGCAGUUUUGCUACCGGGAGGCGGAGGGGCCCCAAGAGGCCUGCAGCCGCCUCUGGUUCCUCUGCUGCCGGUGGCUGAAGCCGGAGAGGCACACCAAGGAGCAGAUCCUGGAGCUGGUGAUCCUGGAGCAGUUCCUGGCCGUCCUGCCGCCGGAGGUGCAGAGCUGGGUCAUGGAGGGCUGCCCAAAGAGCUGUGCCCAGGCGGUGGCCCUGGCGGAGGGGUUUCGGGAGAGGAAGAGGAAGCCCGAACAGCUGGAGGAGCAGGUGCCAGCAAAAGAGAGAGGCCUGGAUUUUGCUGCGGCAGAAGAGGCUCUGCUGGACUGCGACCCGAACCGGGCGUUUGGGGAGGGUGACACGGUUGCUGCCAGCUCGCUGGGCGAGGAGCCGAUGACCCCCAACGAAGAACGAGAUCGGCCAGAGCGUUCCGAUGACGAAGACGAAACAAGCGGGGUUGUGAUGGACAGCCUGGAAGAGGAGGGGGAGCCCCGGUGCGUUAAGCCCGAAGAGGCCUCUGGAAGUUGGCCGGGGCCCAAGGAGCAUCGAGGAAGUUCCCCAGGGGCGAAGCUCGUUUCUCCUCAGGAGAGGGACGAGACGCUCGAUGAAACCGUGAACCAGCCGAGGAUCCGCACGGUGAAGAACGAGGACACCGGCGGAGGGGACGCCAGCGGCUUCCCGGACAGCUCGAGCAUCAUCGAGUUCAAGGUGACGCACACGGGCGACAUGCCUUACAAGUGCCUGGACUGCGGGAAGAGCUUCAAUUACAGCACCAGCCUCGUCCGGCACCAGAGGAUCCACACAGGGGAGAAGCCGUACAAGUGCUUGGACUGCGGCAAGUGUUUCUGCCAGAGCUCGGGCCUGACGAUCCACCAGAGGAUCCACGCUGGGGAGAAGGCCUACCAGUGCCUGGACUGCGGGAAGAGCUUCCGGGUCAAGUCUCACCUGGUCCGGCACUCCAUCAUCCACAAGGGAGAGAAGCCGUACAAGUGCUUGGAGUGCGGCGUCGGCUUCUGCGAGAGGUCAGAGCUGAGGAUCCACCAGAGGAUCCACACGGGUGAGAAGCCGUACAACUGCGCCGACUGUGGGAAGAACUUCUGCCGGAAGGCGGAUCUCACUCUUCAUCAGAGAAUCCACACGGGGGAAAUGCCCUACACGUGCCUCGAGUGCGGGAAAGGCUUCCGGUGGAGCUCGAACCUCAUCACGCACCAGAAGACGCACUCCGGGGUGAAGCCUUUUGAGUGCGCCGAGUGCGGGAAGAGCUACUAUUCCAACAUGAGCCUUAUCCGUCAUCAGAGAGUCCACACGGGGGGAACCCCGUACAUCUGCUCGGACUGCGGGAAAAGCUUCUGCGACAGCACCAGCCUCACCAGGCACCAGAAGAUCCACACGGGCGAGAAGCCCUACGUCUGCCUGGAUUGCGGGAAGAGCUUCAACCGGAACUCCAACCUUAUCUCUCAUCAGAGAACCCACACGGGGGCCAAGCCGUUUCUGUGCGCGGACUGUGGGAAAAACUUCAGGUCCAAGUCGGAACUGCACAGGCAUCACAUGGUCCAUGCGGGAGAGAAGGGUGAGAAAAGUGCGGCCGGUGGGGAUCCCGAAGUUCUUCCUCGCGAGAAAACCCACAGCGAGCAGGAAGUUAGAAAGACGAAAGGGCCGUUGAGCAUGAUGGAGCCGUCCUCUCAGAGCUUCCUGCUCCAGUCCGCGGGGAUACAGUGCCGGGUGAAGCAGGAGCCCGACGAAGGUUGGGGGUCGCCCGAGUUCUUGACGGUUGUGCAGAUCUCUGACGGGAGGCUCGGAAACCUGGACGCGCCGUGGGACGAGGCGGACGCUCCCAUUGAGGGGGCUGGGAAAAAGCAACGGGCUGUGUGCGCUCCAGGCCUCAAAGGGGAUUCCGAGCAGAUGUAUACUACCGAUGUUGACACAGCAUCUCUGCAAGCCUACGAGAGCCGCAAUGGAGAACAGGCGCCAGUGAAGGAAGAGGCCUUUUGCGAGUCGGAUGCCCUGGAGGCUGAGGCCUAUCGCCAGUGUUUCCGGGCCUUCCUCUACCGGGAGGCCGAGGGGCCGAGGGAGGCGUGCCGGCAACUCUGGGAACUUUGCCGGCACUGGCUGAAGCCGGAGAGGAACACCAAAGGGCAGAUCCUGGAGCUGCUGAUCUUGGAGCAGUUCCUGGCCAUCCUGCCUCUGGAGAUCCAGAGCUGGGUCAGGGAAGGCACACCAGAGACCUGCUCCCAGGCGGUGGCCCUGGCUGAGGAUUUCCUCCUGAGGCGGGAAGAGGCGGAAGAAAGACAAGGAAAAGAGGUGCUGCUUCAUCAGGUGUCUGCCAGUCUCCCGGAAUCAGAUGGAGCUCCGUUGGGUAUUGAAGCAAAACAGCUUUUCAGGGAACCUAAGCAGGAGGAGGAGGAGGAGGACGACGAAGGCACCGAAACUGGGGCUGGUUUCGAUUGGGCUCACGACGAUGAGGAAGAAGAGAAGGAAGAGAAGCCGUGUCUGGGGGCCCCUGAGCAAAUGGAACCGCAGGGUUUGUCCAGAGAAAGACUUUCCUGGUGCGAGGAGAAUGGAGGCAUUUCUGCUCAUCAGCCCGACUCAGAGCGUAAGACCCACCCUGGAAAACGACCAGGCAGCUCCCUUCCUCCUUGGGGAGGUGACGAGGAUCUUGGCGGUAGUGAAGAGGAGGAGAUCCUCCAGCCCGAAGAAGAACGUUCAAGCAUUCUGGCCGAGAAGACCCUUGGUCACAUUUGCCACCCGAGGAUCCACGUGGGAGAGAAACCGCACAGUUGCGCGGAGUGCUCGAAAACCUUUGCGCCGAGAUCUGGGCUGGUUGUCCAUGAGAGGACGGCGCACGCAGGAGAGAAGUCCUAUCCCUGCCUGCACUGCGGGGAAAGCUUUGACACGAGCUUCCAUUUUGCCUGGCACUUGCGGAGCCACUCCGGGGGGAAGCCGUACGAGUGCUUCAAAUGCGGGAAGAGCUUCCGCAGCAACCACUCCUUCGCCAGCCACCUGCGAAGCCACGUCGGGGGCGAGCCCCUCGAGUGCUUGCGCUGCGGGAAAAGCUUCGGCGCCCACUCGGAUCUGACCCGGCACGCGGGCGAGAAGCCCUACCAGUGCUUGUAUUGCGAGAGGAGCUUCGGCCAGAGCUCGCAGCUCGCCGCCCGUCGGCGGGCCCACGCGGGAGAGAAACCUUUCACGUGCGGCGAGUGCGGGAAGAUCUUCAGCCGCAGCUCGCACCUCCACGGGCACCAGAGGAUGCACUGCAGCGAGAAGGCGCACAAGUGCCUGGACUGCGGGAAAACCUUCAGCGGGAGGUCGCACCUGAACCGGCACCAGAGGAUCCACACGGGGGAGAAGCUCUUCAAGUGCUUGGUGUGCGGGAAGAGCUUCUGCAUGAACUCCGACCUGGUGGCGCACGAGAGGAUCCACACGGGGCACAAGCCGUACAAGUGCGCCGACUGCGGGAAGAGCUUCAGCCAGAAGCAGCACCUCACCAGUCACCAGAGGACCCACACGGGCGAGAAGCCCUACGUCUGCCUGCACUGUGGCAAAGGCUUCAGCGUCAGCUCCAACCUCAACACGCACGAGAGGACGCACACCGGCGUGCGGCCCUUCAAGUGCUCCGACUGCGGCAAGAGCUUCAGCCAGAAGUCGCACCUCAUUGGCCACCAGAGGAUCCACACGGGGGAGAAGCCCUACCUGUGCGUGGACUGCGGGAAGAGCUUCAGCUCCAGCUCAAACCUGAUGGCGCACGCGAGGACCCACAGCGGGGAGAAAGCAUAGGGUCCUCUGGGAGGGCCGCCGGAAAUCCAUCGGGGCCUCGGUUUUUUAACGUCUCCGUCGACAAACAUUUGGUUUUCGAACGCCGCAAACCCAGAAGUAAAUGCUUGGGGUUUUCUAACACGCCUCGGAAGUCGAACAUGCCAUGCAGCUUCCACUAAGUGCAAAAUCCUGAGGCCUAAAAAG